AACAGAAAACAGACUACUUGUCGCAUCGCAGUGUUGAGUAUUUCGUGGCUGUGACAGAUUUCCUAACCUAAAUAGUAGUGAAUUUUAAUGAUUAACAUCUCAGACACGGGACAGAGUAAAGCUUUUUUCUGUCAGAUUCCUUCGUUUUAUGCAAAAAUGCGCUAAACGAAACGUGACGAUAAUCUCUAUUAGUUAACUUUCUCGUCAAGGAACAAUAUAAGCAUGAUUUUCGGGAUGAUCUUGCGAUCGAUUGUAUAACGUAACAACGCAAACAUAACCUCAAUAUGCUGUCCGAGGUGGACGUGUUUAUUAGCAAUUACACGUUGGUCGAUCCCGAGAUCUAUCAGCUGUGGGUCGACGGACAUACUUCUAGUGACGCAGUUAACAUUCUACAUCAACGAGGAAUCUGUCAGCAGACCAAUGCGCCGAUCGAACUGGUUGCAUCUGAUAUCCUCGAUCACUAUCGCACCUAUGCUUUACUCGAGAAACUGCUUCACACUCCUACGAAACUCGCCAGUGAACAGUUAGCCUUUCAAAUCGAACCACAGACCAGUCAAAUGCUCAUAGAAAUGUAUUACGAAUUUGAUGAUGUCGUUAUACGCGAGUUACUGGGAAAAAAGAUAACAUCCAAAAGUAGAAAGGAUAUGGACGAGGUAGCCGAAAAGACAGGAAUUACGUUGAAGAGCUGUAGAAGGCAAUAUGACAAUGUGAAAAGAGUGUUUAAAACUGUCGAAGAUUUGCCAGGCUCUCUUGCAACCAAUAUCAAACAACAUUUCUUACUUUCUGAAGAUCUUGCUAAACGAUACGCUGCAGUGGUGUUUAUAGCAUGCCUGCGAUUUGAAAUGAAUAAAAGAAAAUUACAAUUUUUAACGUUUCCUGAUCUAUACCAUUGUGCUAAUAGUAUGAUGUCAUCAUGGACAUAUCGAUGUGUCGGAUCCGAAUACUUUGAUACGGACUUGGACAGGGAAUUCUUACAGGAAUUAUCAGAAUGCAGAGUUCUUCUAGAAAACGAUAAACAUCACAAACAUUUAGUAUGCCUUAAGCUCAAACCAAUGCUUCUCGAUCGAUCUUAUCAAGAACUGGAUACAAACUUCCGUUCGUAUUCGAGAGCGAUUCUCUGUAUUGGAUGCAACUUGCAUAGAUCACGAGAAGUGAGAUUUUUCUUUUUGGAAUUGGUGGAGAGAUGUAUUGAACCUUGGCGACAAGUCAAUUGGACGCAUUCUGAUCUACGGAAUUUCUUAGCUGUCUAUACACAGUGCGCUCUUGACAUGGAUGUACUUAGAGAAGGCGAAUUAAGAGAUGCAUUUGAACGUUAUAUGAUGGUAGUGACAUGUUGUCUAUUACGUAUGUAUCAUACAUAAUUAUCAAUGUAAAAAAAUUAAUAUAUAUAUUAAUAAUAUACAAGAUGUUCUUUCGGCUGUAGCAUAGUUUUUGAAAUACUUCUGAUGAAUUAAGAACAAAAUAUUUCUAAUACAAAUUUCUAAUAAAGAAUUAAUUGC